AUGCAGGUUCAUGCCGGCGACGAUAGGACGCGAGUAUCCGGAACGCUUGCAGCCUCGGGCUCGAGACCCGUCGAAACUGCCGCUCGGGCCGAAACAGGGUUGCUGGAAUACGAGACGUCUCUUGCCUCUUCACAUCCAUUCGUUCUUUUCGUUUCAUAUUCACACAAUCGUCGCGUACGAGAGCAAGUGGUCAAAAGGAAGAUCUUCAUUUUGAGGAUGCCAUACAGGCUUUGUCAUUCUCAUACUUUGGGCGCGAGUGAAACUGCGAGCUUGGCCCACCUUUGCCCCGGAGAGUGCAUUAAGUCGUGUCAAGACUCGACUUUUGUGUUGCUGAGGCUCGACUUGAAUCUUCCAAAUGGACCAGUUUGUCCUUCCAUCACGACUGCGGUGUCAUCCGCCACAUGA